AUGGACAGCAAAAAGAGCCCCGUCCGGCGCGCCAAACGCUCCGCCAAAGUGCUCGAAGAGAAUUAUUGGGAUUGCAGCGUGUGCACGUUCCGCAACACCGCCGAGGCGUUCAAAUGUCUGAUGUGCGACGUUCGCAAGGGCACGUCGACGCGUAAGCCCCGCAUCAACCCCCAAUUGGUGGCCCAACAGGUGGCCCAACAAUUUUUGCCUGCGACCAGCAACGGGGCCGCGAAGCAACAGCACCAGCAACAGCAGCAGCGCGACAGGAAGGACAAGAAGGCGCUGAAGAAGCGCCGGCAUCCGCCUAGAUUGAAGAACAUCGAUAGAAGUAGCGCCCAAACGAGGGAGGUGACCGUCAACAGCGUUACGGUGGUGAUAACGGAGUAUAAACCGAUGGUGAAGAGCGCGGAGGCGGCGACGAGCGGGAGUUCGUCGGAUUCCCAGUCGGAGUCUAGCAUGGAUGCGAGGGUGCAGUGA